AUGGAGGACCCUGAGAAGAAGCUGAACCAGAAGAGUGACGGCAAACCACGGAAAGUACGAUUUAAAAUCUCUUCCUCCUACAGUGGCAGAGUGUUGAAGCAGGUCUUUGAGGAUGGGCAGGAAUUAGAGUCGCCAAAGGAGGAAUACCCUCACAGUUUUCUCCAAGAGUCCCUUGAACCGGUGGAUGGUGUUUACGGGUCUGGAGAAGCCCCCAAGCCCCAACCAUACUCCCCUAAGCUGACUGCUCAAAGGAUCAGCGUGUUUAGAGAGGGCAAUGCCUACAGUUUGGCGGGCAGCCAGCCUUUCUUCAAUGAUUACAAGGCGAAUGACCAUAAGUCUCCACCUAUUAUAGAUUUUGGAAAGAUCAUCAUCUACACGAAUAACUUGAAAAUCAUUCGAACCCCAAUGGACAAGAGAGAUUUCAUGAGGAAAAUUCUCCAGAAGGAAGAAGAGGCUGAGGAAGAGUCUCUGGUGAGCAAAGAAGAAAUCUAUGGAGACCGUGACCAGAAUGAUGGGCAUUUGCCAGACGCGGAAAGCACUUUCCCCCAUAGCCAGUACCCACAGGAAGGGGAGCUUCCCGAGGACAACUGUUUUCACUGCCGAGGUUCGGGCAGUGCCACCUGCUCUCUGUGCCACGGCAGCAAGUUCUCCAUGCUGGCCAACAGAUUUAAGGAGUCCUAUCGGGCCCUGCGCUGCCCUGCCUGCAAUGAGAAUGGCCUGCAGCCUUGCCAGAUUUGCAGUCAAUAG